GAACCUUUAAAAAUUCAUAUCUCUAAAAGUAUUAACUUGAUCGUGUAAAGCUAUAGGACCUUUAUUAAUUGUAUCUUAACAAAGAAUACAAAAAAAAUUUGUCCGGUUGAAAAAUAACAAUUCCUUGCAAUUUUUCAAACAAUUUCGGUUUAAACAAUAUGGCACGGGGUUGCCCCCUCGCAACAUGCAUUUAUAUUAUCAGUAGGGUAAUUUGAAGAGAAUCGCAUAAAAAAAUUGAGGUGGAAUAGUUUUUGGUACUCAUGCGCCGUUUCCUCCUGGACUAUUUUCCAAAAAAGAGAAAUGUGGUCGCGAUACGCGGUAAAGCUCGCGCAUGCACAGAAUUGAAAUCGGCCGAAAUUGACGCCUCAUAGUGGUACGUGGUACCAACUGUAUUUUCGCCUGGGUCAUUCUGGCGAAUGACGCUACAGUUUCGCGAAGGGGCGGCGUCAAAUAUUGAGUUGGUAGCACUGAAGCGAAUUCGCAUCGCGCAGCCGACGCCGUAUAACACCAACCGAUUUCGUUAUUGUUGAACGAACUGCGAAGAUGAGAGAUUCAAACGAACAUGACAACGGUCGCAGCUACGCCGAGGUGGUGGCCCCACCCGGCGUAGUAGUGCCAGAGGCAGCGCCGCCACCCGCGGCAACGCAGCCACCCGCCGCACCAAACAUGGCGAAGAUUGUGGAGGAGUUAGCCGCGCUGAGGGCUGCGGUGGCAACCCUCACUCAAAUAUUGAGGCCUCCACCGCAGCCCCAGCAGGCACCGGCACCAGCACCGGCACCAGCACCGGCACCAGCACCGGCGCCAGCGGCGGCACCAGCGGCGGGGCAGCGCCGCAAUAAAAAAAGAAGGAGGGGGUGCCGAGGGGGCGGUUGGUCGGUUGUCCAAUACUAUUACCGAUAAUCAUUAAAAGAAUGAAAAUAUAAAUAUUGCU